UUAUGUUCGUCUUCGGCUAUGGUUCUCUUCUUUGGAAUCCAAAUUUUUCUUAUGAAUUGGCAAUCCCUGGUGUUGUAAUGGGCUAUUCCCGUCGUUUCUGGCAACUGAGUCCUGAUCAUCGUGGCACUCCUGAUAGUCCUGGUCGUGUUGUUAGCCUGGUUCCAGAUACUGAAGGUUCUUGCUGGGGAAUUGCUUAUAAAAUUCCUGAAGAGCGUGUGCAACAAACUAUUGAAUAUUUGGACAUGAGAGAACGAGCUGGUUAUGAGUUGCAAGUAGUUGAAUUCUACCCAAUUAAUGGUUCUGAGCCUUUCUCGCUGAAUGUCUAUAUUUCUCCAAUUAGUCGAGAUAAUAUUUACAAUUCUGGUCCUUGCGACAUCAGUGUAAUAGUCAAACAGAUAAUUCGAAGUCGUGGUUGCAGCGGCAGUAAUUUGGAAUAUGCCCUCAGACUUGCUGAUUGCCAAAGACGUAUGGCACCAAAUAUAUUUGAUGAACAUUUAUUCCAAAUUGAAUCGAAAUUGUUAGAGGAAUGUGAAUACUUACAACACGAUGAUUCUAUUUUGGAAAAAUUGAAAUAUGAUUUGCCUUAUUUGGCUAAUAAAAAGGGAAAAAGGAAGAGGAAUGAAAGCACUAAAGGUUAAAACUUUUUAAAAAAUGGACAAUAAAAAACUUAAAAAAGCCGGUGUGAAGAAAAGAAGAAAAUUUUUUAGUGAAUUCUAAUCAAAAAGAAUUUAAAUAUAUUCACUUGUGUGUUGUUUAUUGGUUUCAAAUUAAUUAGCAAUUGCCUAGUAUUUUUUAAAAAUUAACCCUUAACUUUGAUCUCUUUGUCUUUCACUGAUUUUUUAUAUUAAAUUUUGAGUUUGCCUGGUAAUCCAUAAAUUGUUAAAAGCAAGUGGGUGUCCUUUUUAGGAAGUUUGGGGGGGGGGGGGGGGGGGACUGAACAAUAUUAGGGAUGUCACGGAUUGAAGAUGCACGGGUUCAAAGUUUUCUUUCGGUUGAAGUUUCGGGUCUCUUAUCUGGUUUUGAAAAAAUUUUUCGGAUCGAGUUUCGGGUAACCCGUGAUAUCCCUGGUCCGUAUUAUCUAAUUUAUUAACGAUUCUAUUUUCUAG